AUGGCGCAACCACCGCAACAGCCUCAGAUGCCCCAGUUGCAACAACAACAACCCCAGUUGCAACAACAACAACCUCAGUUGCAACAGCAGCAGCCUCAGUUACAACAGCAGCAACCACCCCAAAUGUCGCCGCAGUUGCAACAGUUCCAGCUCCAGCAACAACAGCAACAACGUGCCCAGAUGCUCGCUCAACAACAAGCCCAAGCCCUUGCUCAGCAACAGCAGCAGCAACGCGCCCAACAACCUCAGCAGCAUGUUCAGCCUCGCCAACUUCCCCAACAGUUGCAACAACAUACCCAACAGCAGACCCAACCGCCGCCGCCGCAACAGCAACAGCAACAGCAGCCGCAGCAACGUGUACAGCAACAGGUCCAUCAGCAAGGGCACCAGCAAGCCCAAACUCACCAGCAACACGCUCAACAACAACCACAACAUCCCCAGCAUCCUCAGCAGCAGCAUGUCCCGCAGCAGCAACAACAGCAACAUCACCCACAACUCCAGCAUCCCCAGGCCCAGUUGCAGCAACCUCAGAUCCAACACCCUAGCCCGCCAGUCCACCAGCAACCGCAGUUUGCUCGUCCCCAGCACACACCCUCCCCGGCGCCCACCACUCAAGCGCAGUUCUCGAUACCGCCGAACCAGCAGCGUCCACAGACCGGCGCAAGUCCUGCCUCUCAGCCGGGCUCGCCUUACCUUCCCCAGAACUACGCCACUACUCCUCAGUCGGCCGCGGCCCCGACGCCGCCAGCAGCUAGUCCCAAGUUUGCGACGAUACAAUCGCCAGGUCUGCAGCAAUAUAACCAGUCCUUCACCAACGGAACCGUUUCUCAGCCAUCCACGCCCUUGGCUGUGCCUUCCCCGGGUCCGACCCAGGCCACAACUCCCGGACCAGGUCCCACUCUUUCACACGGCGCGGGCUUGCAGAUGCCCGAGAGUAGGCUAUCCAUGCCUCCAGUCCAACCCGCGUCAACAACACCUGGCCCAGUGACACCUGGGUUGGCAACGCCAUCACUAGCUCCGCCUAAUUUGUCCACCCAUGGGCCCUCAACUCCUCAGCCAGUCCAUGCCAUGGGAGCCCAGGCCGCUCAGAAUGCGCAGAACCAGCAAUAUACGACCGCUACCAUGGCACCUAUCGGCCCACCACCACCAGCUCCGACAACCCCCGCCGCCGGUGGCGCUAUGGGUCCCCCUCAGAAGCCUGUUGAGCGACCGGUGAAGGAAACUGAAUAUGACGUCACGGACUCUUUGGCUGGUACUGGUGUCGAUUUGCGUGCUGAAGAGCAAGCAUUAGCUGACUACUAUGCCGGAUCUUUCUCUCAGGAUGCGAGGACUGGUCUUCCCGCAAACCCACCGGGAAGUAAGGCUUCUUUUUACGGUGCCGGGUGGGCCAAUCAGGCCUCGCAACCUCUGGAUGGCAAAAGCCAAGAGGAGUUUGAGAAGGAGCUGGCAAAGAAGGCUUGGGAUGAAGCAGCCCAUCGGUUGGCCCUGACGAGGGCAAACGAGAUGAGAACGCCUUUCUUGGAAGUGGCGCCGCUGCACUGGAAGGCCCAAAAGAUUGCCAAGGAGUACGGUCUGGAGCUCAACAGCGAGCUCAAGGGCGGUAGUGCAGUUAACAAGAGCAAGCCAGCCAACGACCCUGCGCAAACGCAGCCCAAGGUCACGGUGAGCACAAAGACGGGCGAAGGCGGUGCUCUUGUUACCGUCACCAGCUCGUGGAUCCCAGUUGAUUCAUAUCUGAGUGACCAAAUCGCUCUGCUGUCGAUUGCGACAAAGUACCGCAUCCGGCAGAUCAUCGAGUCUGCGCACACCAUUGCCAUUAACCGCCAGACGACUUCUCGUGGAGAGGUUCCUGCGGAGUGGGCUGAUGUGGCCGUGCCUUUGAAAACGGGGCUUAACGAUGCCCUUCAAGAAGGCAUGGAAGCCGCCGCUGCUGGCGUCGGUCCUCAGCCCAACCCCCUGAAACGCUCCUACGACGCCGCCAAACUCAACGACCCUAACCUCACCAAACACAACCUCACCACCGCUCUGCGCGACACCGCUCGCGCCGACCGCAACCUCGAAGAAGCCCGUCUCCGCAAGCGCCAAAAGCGUCAAAACCCCGACACCGCCACGGGCGGCACCGGCUCUCGAGCUGGCUCCGUCGCCCCCGGCACUCCCACCACCGCCGACGCCGACGGCAAGCUCCCCUCGAAGAAGGAACUCAAGCGGGGCGCCGCAGCCGCCAAGCUCGCCGAGACCUCGUCCACCGCCUCAGCUAACCAGACGCUCAACGCCAUCAUGGGCGGCUUCGGUCGCAAAAAAGGCAAGUCCUACUCAUGGAUGAACGCCGGCGCAGGCGGUGGUGGCGGUGGCGCCGGCGGCGGUGGUUCAGGAGCUAGCACCCCCCGCACAUCUCUAGGCGGCGAUGGCCUUUCCACUCCCGCAGGCAAGGCCGGCGCGGCAGGUGCAGCGGAUAAUAAACCGCAGCAGUUGACGUCGGAGAACCAAAAGAACCGACUGGGCAUGUGGAGAGAGAGUAGUGAGCAAGGAAAGAAUAUCCAGUUGAGAGAUUGGUUGGUGGCGCUGGAGAUGGACGGGAUUGAGGUUAGAGCUAUCCAGGAGGCGUAUACGAGGCUCGAUGAGCCGCCGAGGACAAAGGUGGAUGAGGUUAAGUAGAGCUUACUUCAGCAACGUACCCAGAGUCUGCAUGUGACGGCGGCGGAGGGAAACCCUACUCCUACUACUAAGAAGAGGGGGAGGGCGAGUGUAACGGCGGGGUCUAGUUCUAGACGAGAGAUGGCGAAGGGAAAAAGGUAGAGAAGAGGUUGAAUGUACAUAUCUUAAACAAAAAAGGAAUGGGAAUGGGUAAGGGGGUGAGGUUUAUGGUGAAGUUAAAUUGGAGCGGCUAUCGGUGCGAUCACUUUAUGCAUCGUUCGGGUCACAGGUAUCUCUAUCAAUUAUAUUGCUAUCAGCAAGGCGGAAAGGACUGACUGAGGCCCGAAGCAGUUGAAGCAGUUGAAGCCGAAGGAAGACAUUACAAAGACAAAUUUUAUCCAGUAU